AUGUCAGACGACGCCUUGUCAACUGAGAAGCAAGACAAUCGAACAACGUUGGGAUCAGCCGAUGGCGUCUCCUCAAGUUCAGACGAAAAGUCUCCGUAUGGCAUUGUGCAAGAGGAAGAAGAUGCUGUAGUUCAGGAUUGGACGCCCGAAGAAGAGCGCAAGAUAAUACGGAAGGUCGACUGGCAUGUGUACCCGAUGCUGUGCCUCGUCUUCGGACUUUCUCUCGUUGACCGAACGAACAUCUCGUCAGCUUUUAUCGCCGGCAUGGACGUCUCGCUCAAGUUGACUGGGGCACAAUACAAUGUUGCACUUCUGGUCUUCUUCAUUGGAUAUGGUCUUUUUGAGCUGCCUUCCAACUAUGUGAUCCGCCGUCUGGGUGCUCGCUCCUGGAUGAGCUUUUUGAUCACGUCCUGGGGAGCAUGUGUGCUUGGUAUGGGAUUUGUAGACCACUGGUCGAUUCUAGCAGUGCUGCGCGCCUUUCUGGGUGUGUUUGAAGCUGGUCUAUUUCCUGGUGCCAUUUUCAUCAUCGGCUGCUGGUAUCGACAAUAUGAGAUCGGAAAAAGAAUCUCGAUCUUCUACAUGGCGGCUCUGAUUGCAGCUGCCUUUGGACCCAUCUUUGCAUAUGCUCUCGCUCUCAUCGAUGUCGGCGAUGGAAAAUACUCUCAAGGCUGGCGAUGGAUCUACAUCAUCGAAGGCAUAGUCACCAUUGUGGUCGGCAUGAUAGCCCCCUUCUUCCUAAUCGAAUUCCCCGAACGCGUCAAAUUCCUCACCCCACGCCAAAAACACAUCGCCCUCGAACGCGUCCGCCUCGACCGCGCCGCAGGCGAACGCGUCGUAGUCCACCUCACUAUGAAACAAACUCUCACCUCACUCCUCGACAUCAAAAUUGUCCUCUACAGCAUCAACUACUUCAUCGUCGCCAGCAGCGGCUACUCCCUCGCCUUCUUCUCCCCCAUCAUCCUGCGCGAAGGUCUCGGAUUCUCCUACAUCAAAGCCCAACUCCUCUCCUCGCCACCCUACGUCUUCACCAUCAUCGCCAGUCUCGCUUCGGCGUGGAUUUCCGAUAAACAGCGUCUUCGCUGGCCGAUCCUCAACAUUCAAUCUCUCGCUGCGAUCAUCGGUCUUCUCAUCAUGCUCUAUACUACUCCACCGGGAGUGCGAUAUUUUGGAUUGUUCCUCGCGACAUAUGGAACGCAAAGUAAUGCGCCCGCGACGCUCACGUAUGGACAGAAUCAAACUGCCAAGUUGGAGAAGAAAGGUGUGGUUGCUGCUGCGAUGAUUAGUGCGGGUGCGUUGGGUGGAGUGUGUGGUUCGACGAUUUUUCGAAAACAGGAUGCUCCGGAUUAUUUGCCGGGAAUGUGGGCGACGAUUGCGAUGCAAUUGUUACAUUUGAUCUUGACUUUUGGCAUGUCGUGGCAUUUUAAGAGGCAGAAUGCACGGGCGGAUAGGGGCGAGGUAGUGCUAGAGGGAGUCGAGGGAUUCCGAUAUGCGCCGUGA